GCUUUGGGCACCAGUCUCGCACUAGCCCUCGAAGAAAAAUCCACCACAGCUGCUCCUCUUCCUGCCUGCAUCUGGAAGCUCGCUCCUGGCCCACUUUGAUCGACCUAUUGGCCGCUCUGUUUCUCCGGCUUCAUUGGCCCCAGGAUGGACCGCUCAGCGCGGGAGCUGUUCAUCAACUUCAUGAUUGUCUUAUUCACGGUCCUACUCAUGUGGCUGCUUGUCAAAGCAUACCAGAACUGAACCCGCUAAUGGAAAAAAUGGAUGAAAGAAUGUUCUGGAAGGAAGGGGGGUUUGGAUAUAACCUGGCACAGUAGUUUGGUUAAAGAGACCAUGUGCCGAGCGUUUACAGCAAAGGAUAUGCUGUGAAGAAUGGUUCAGACAUGUUGCAUGCUCAGCUUUUUAUUCCCAGUCUAGCGGCACACUGUUUAGAAUGUGACCUACAUUGUAUUCAUGGUCAGGUUAAUGUCUGAGAUAAGAUACAGAGAAUAUAUUGUUGAAGUAAUAACUCAGAAAUACUUUGUUGUUUCAUAUUAGGUCAAAUAUAUAAGAGAUGGAAUCAAAGGCACCUGAAUUUUUUAUUUAUUUUUAUUCCAGCACAGUUACGGGACUUGAUACAGACCCUUAUAUGCUUAACAUUUUUUCACUCAAAUGUUCUGAAACAUUAGGAGCAUUUCUGGGGGUAUGAGAACACAAUAUAAAUAAAUAAAAAUUUAGUUUGCAAUGAAAAUAAAAAUUAAUUUGUACAGUU